CGAUCUUCAAGGCUCACCCAUAUCCCUUACCGAUUCAAAAGCAAUGCUGACAUACCCAUUUAUUCCUUCCAUCCUCCAUCCCCCAUAGAUAUAUAAAUAGUGUGCUUCCUUGAUCGACGGAAACACUCGCUUCGACGUCUACCUUCCUCCUCUUGCUAUUCGCUUUGCAAUUCCAUCAUAUACCCUUGAUUCUAUCCUUAUACCUUGAUUCAGCGAGUUGCUCACAACGCAACCCAUUAUCCUGCCAUCCAUAGUUGCGCGCCAAAGCAAAAGCAAAGCAAAAAAAAAAAAGCGUUCUAAUACACAUUCACUGCUAUGUCCUUAACACAACUUAAAGUAUUAAUUGUGGGCGCUGGAUUGGGUGGCCUCACACUGGGCCUCCUGCUCGACCAGGCUGGUAUCCCUUACAUAAUCCUCGAGAAGCACGCUGGGGAUCUUGUUCCAUUAGGCAGCAGUAUCUCGCUGAACCAGACCAUCCAACCUCUGCUUGAGCAACUGGGGAUGCUCCCAGAACUUGAAGCCAUUUCCAAGCCCAUCGGUUCCCUGACGUUCCUCAAAGAAAGCAUGAGUAAGAUUGGUGCGCUUGAUCUGAACUCUGACUCUGUGAGAUAUGGAUAUUACAAUAGGAUCAUGGAUCGUCCUUCGCUUUACAAAUUGCUGCUCUCGAGGAUACCUCCGGAGAAUGUCAUCACAGGAAAGCGCGUAUGCGAUAUCGAGCAGAAUGAAAAAGGCGUACUGGUCCGUUGUUCUGACACCAGCGUCUUUGAGGCCGAUAUUCUCGUGGGCGCAGACGGGGCUUAUUCGAACGUUCGGAGAUGCCUCUACAGGGACCUCAGGAUGAGCAAUCUUUUGCCCAAAUCAGAUAUGGCGCCGCUGGCCUUUGACCAUCAUUGCCUUGUUGGUGUGACGGAUCCAAUCGACCCUAUCUACUUUCCAGACCUGAGCAAAGACACAUGCGACAUGAUGGUUGUCAUCGGCAAGGACAAGCCUUACUCGUGGUGGUUGAUCCCUCUAAAGAAAAACAGGAUCGCAUGGCGGGUUACCUAUAACCUACCGUCGACGCAGAUCCGUCAAGAACAUCACAUUCGAUCAUCAGAUUGGGGUCCGAUGCAGGUACAGGAGAUGGCAGACACUUGUCGAGACUUUGUUUGCCCAUAUGGCGGUACACUUGCAGAUCUCAUCGAUAAGACGCCUAUGGACAGGAUAUCCAAAGUUUUGCUUGAAGAGAAGUUUUUCGAGACCUGGUACCAUAACCGUGUGGUUCUUAUAGGCGAUGCAUGCCACAAGGUUGUUCCACAUGCAGGACAAGGAGCAGCACAAGCCAUGGUGGAUGCCGUCAGUCUGGCCAAUCUCCUGUACGAGACACCCACGACCUCGACACAGGACAUUCAGGCAACAUUUGAAGCGUAUUACAAGGAGCGUGUGGCAUCUGGAAAGGCCGCUGUCCAGGGUAGUCGACACAUGGGUCGGUUGAGUGGGGGACAUUCAUGGACAGAAUCGAUUGCACGGAGCAUGUUCUUGAACAUCGUGCCACAAAAGAUUCAGCAGUCGAUCUCGGACAAAAUGCUGUGCCAUCGUCCACAGGCGAUCUUCUUGCCUUUUGUAGAAGAUCGGGGUGAGUUCAAGGCGGGAACUCAGGCACCUUCCAAAAAAAUGAGGUCGCUCUCCGGGCUAUGUCUCCGCCUAUCCCAGCAGCACUAGCCAUAUGAUCUCUCAUUAUGCCAUAAUAAAAAACUCCCCGCUCCCACUCCCUAACCA